GUUAUCCUUGCAAGUGACAUGAGUGUCUUCCCCAGUAGAUCAGUCGCCAUGCUUUCAUUCUGCUCACUGCUCUGUAGAGUGGUGAACUGUCCAUAUUCUAUUCUAAUCCAAGAGCCAAGAUGGCCUUGAUCUCAACCUGGACGCAUCUACCCGCUUCGACUGCAUGAAAAAGCUAGACAAAAGACCUCGAAACCGCCAAGCACGGUCGAUUAAUGACAUGCAGCGGCACUGCGGUGUCACUUCGUAUCCGGCGAUGCGCUGCGUUGGAGAAAAGUGUUGCGCGUCAUGGCCAACAAAUGCUGGUGGCUGGGAAGAUGCGAUGCGAUACGAUGCGGUCCCAACCACGCGAAUAAUUGUCCUAAUUACUCCGUACUGCUCCGCGUAUCCUCACAAACUCAAUUGAGACGCUCUUUUCACAUUCCAGUCCUCUUCAUAUCUCAUAGCCUUUUUUUUUUCCCUUCCCAGACUUCAAUCAAGAUGGACCGCACCCGCGCGGCCCGAGCCUCUGGCAGCAGCCGCAACAGCCACCCCAGCCCAGAGCGCUACACGCUCGAGGACGGCGAGGAUCCGACCUACAUCUCGCCCGACUCGGAUCUGGACGACGACGACAGCGUCCCCCCCACAAAGGCCGCCAUCCAGCAGCAGCAGCAGCACCUGCAACGGGAGGCUCUGCCUGCGGUGCCCGACAGUCCGUCGCGACGAAGUCCACCGCGCGCCAGCAAGCAGCAGCAGCAACUGAUGAACGGCGGCGGAGGCGCGAGCAGCAGCAACAGGGACUCGUGGGGGGCUCCGCGGCCAGGGAGUUACGCGGAGCGCACGAAUGGCGCUCGCUAUCGACGAGAGGGCGCCUCGUCGACAUCAUCGCAUGCGCGGUCUGGUUCUACCACUACCGCGUCGCACCAGCAACCUCCUCCCUCAAGCGCGUGGCCUGCCAAGCCAGCUGUAACGACGAGGCCGCAGCAGGCGGGUGCGUCAUCGUCGUCCGCGAACCGUCGUGCGCAUGGCGAGCCAACAGCAGCAGCGGCGCCACGCCACAAGGCCGCCUCGCCGGCCAAGGAGCACCCCAUCAACCGCCUCGAGUCGCCGUCCAUUGCGAAAUCCGUCCUGCAGCCGCUGGAGCUCAAGAUGAACGAGUACCAGCGGAUCAUGAACGACAUGCAGGGGCAGGUCGCGCAGCUGGACGAGGAGAUUCGCCAGCUGCAGGAGAAGCGACGGCAGACGGCGGAGCGGUUCGAGGACGCCAAAGCCAAGCACGACGACUAUGAACGUCAGCACAUGGACGUGGAGAGGGCGCUGCGUGGGGAGUCUCCCGCGGUGCAGCACGCUUCGUCCUCACAGCAGCAGCAGCCUACGCUACCGGCAUAUAUGCCCGUGCAUGCGCCGGCCAACAGCUCGCAACAUGUCCCGAUGCACCGGCCCGGCACGAUGGAGAGCGAGUUCCAGGACGAGGGUAGAAGGCCGACGAGUGUGCCUGUGGGGGCGGGUGCCCAUAAUAGUCCUCGGUCGAGGAAGAUGGGGACGAGGGAUCGGAUCAAGAUGAGCUUGUUUGGGAGUGGGUAGGGAUGGCUGGAUGUAGGAUUUUGGGUAAUGAUUUAUGACUGGGCGUGUUAGAAAGUUCUUGGUUAAAUGUUGAUUUAUUGGGUACAUGUCAGAGGAUGUGACUACGUAGUACACUGUUCCCUACGGUUGUCGACGUGGUAUCGCGCCAUAUAUAUCUACGCACUCCCGAAUUCCACGCUCAAAACCAUAUGAAUGUAAAAUGGGUUCUGUCUCUAGAACAGCUCUACGUACCAGGAACUUUGCACUUUUGCCUCUUGUGAUCUUGGACACCCUUUCUCGUUUCGUCCAAGAGGCUGCGUUUCCAGCCCCACUCGUCCGGGAGCAUGGUGAUGUACGUUUACGUAGUGCUAUUCUAAACCUCUAAUGUUACGUGUACAACAACAUGCUCAUUUUGGCAGCCCUUUGCCCAUGAUUCUGUUCAAUAAAACGAGAAUUGGACAAAAACUC